AAGCCCGGUAUCGUCGGUCAAAUCAAUCAUGUCUCGUCGCCAGCUAUGCCAGGCAGCCUUGCUGUUGCAGACACUCAUUCCACUCUCAUCCGGAGCAUUCUUCCAAAACAGCGCUGAUGCCCUUCGCGAACUUGAUAUUCCCGUUGCGAGAUCUGUUCAUGCGCUAAACCCGCUUCCCAAGCGCAAUUCGGACAAUUUGAUUGCCGCUCGAUCCACUGGCAAACACAAACACCUCGGCCCCAUGCGAACUUACCGGGACGGAACAGGCUAUGCCAUUGAUGUUACGCUCGGCGGAAAGACUUUUGCUGUUCAAUUCGAUACCGGAAGUAACUCAUUCUGGCUACCCAGUGCCAACUUUACAUGUUUUGAUAUCGAUAACAAAGUGCAGCCUCAGUGGGCAUGCGCUUUUCCAUCGUUGGGUCCUCCCGAUUACACUGGGGGACGAGUAGCAAAUGUACACUUUAACCUGACAUAUAUCAGCGCAGAAUUUGCCAGGGGCUCUGUCGGUCUCGAAGACGUAACCAUCGCAGGAUUGACAGUCCGGAAUCAGCAAAUGUCGUUGUCGGACGAAGUCUAUACCGUCACUGCGAACAAUUUUACUACUGGAGUUAUCGGGUGGGGGCUGGGCAAUUAUACUUCAAUCUAUCCAGGAGAUGAUCCAGCCCUUGAUAACAAAACCGACCCCAAUCACUCCUGGCUUCCUACCAAGACUUGGAUUCUCAAUGCAGUCGACCAGGGCUUAUUAGAGAAGCCUAUAUUCUCAGUCAAUCUUGGUAACAGAACGGAAAACCCUGCAAAUUUGAGCGUAACUGGAUUCGUGGCUGUAGGAGGUGCGCCACUUGACGGGCUUCCCUUUACUGGAAUCUGGGCCGAGUCAAAAGUCAGCACUACGACGUAUGCGCCCUGGGGUGUGAAAAACAAGUACACUCACUGGAAUGUCAGGCCAGAUGGGUUCACAGUCAACCAGACUUUCAUACCAUGGGUUCCCGGUAUCUUUGCCAAUAGCAGCACAGAGAUAUUUACUAUCCUUGAUACUGGGACGGUGUGGAGCUAUAUCACUGAAGAGACUGCGAAAGCCAUUGCCGACGCGAUGCAGCCUCCAGCGUAUUACUCAGUGUACGACAGCGCAUAUGUCGCCAAUUGCAAUGCUACAGCCCCUGAUGUAAGCAUUCGCAUCAAUGGUACGGACCUCCCAAUCAACAAGAGAGAAUUACUCCUUGAUGGUUGGCUUGGUCACGCCAAUAAAUCAACUAGUACGCUGUGCUGGCUUGGCUUCCAGCCUACUUUGCAGCCAAAAAUAGGUGGCACUGCACCCUAUCUCCUGGGAAAUACAUUUCUAAGAAAUGUACUGGCUGUACAUGACGUGGGAAAUUUGCGGAUGCUGUUCGCUUCGCUGAAAUGGUGAUUCCGCUGGUCUAGCAUAGAUUGAAUGAACAACAAGAGCCUUAUAUUCGUGUAAUUUGAACUCAUAAUCUACCUUG